UAAACAGCUGAGAGUCAUAAGUAGCCCCGCCCACAUUGGUUCCACCUGUUCUCAUUUGAGUUUUUAAGACGUUUCUAAGGUUUUCUCUUGUUUCUCAUUGUGAAAAGCAAGAAGAAACAAAGUUGAUUCAUCGGGUUAGCUGAGAGUUGUUGUUUUUGGAUCACUUCCUGAAACCAUGGGACGAACUCAAAGGACCUCCUACCUCGCUGGUGUGCUGAUGUUAUGGCUGCUGUUCUUUAGGGAGAGUCAUGCAAGUGUAAAAUCUCCUCAUGGCUUUGAGUCGGACACAUGGGAUUCACGGAUUCCUGGCUUUGAUUUUAUGUCACAGCACCAGGUCUCUGCAGUCCAGCCUCAAGCUCCUCACUAUUCACCAGUUCAUUCUGAGACGCCUCUCCUGACAUUAGGGCCCAAAGCACCUCACAACCGGCCCAAGCAAAAAGACCAGGAUCAGAGGGAAGAAGAUCAACCAAUACUUCAACCCCAGACGCUCAGCUACCAGCUUAAAUCUCCUCCUUGGUCACCCAACUACAAAGAGGAUACUCGACCUGCCGGACCUGACCACCAGCACAGACCUCUGCCUCUGGGGUAUAGCUACCCUCAAAAACCUGGGAACCAGGUAUAUGGUCAUCAGCAAAGACCUCAGUCUCAAUAUCGCGGUUACCUCAAGGUAUCUCACCCAGAGGUACCAAGCCGCCAACAGAGACCUCAGAUUCGAGAUCAUGGCUAUUCCCAGAAACCUAAUUCCCUGGGUCUGAAUCAGCAACAGAGAACCCGGCCUGGGGUUUUUAGUUAUGCCCCCAAAUCUAACCUUGAGGUUCCAAAUCAACACCAGAGAACCAAAUCUCAGAGUCAAAGUUACUUCCUGAAAGGACCAUCUGAGGUACCAGUCCAGCAGAGACCUCAUGCUUACCUCCAGAAACCACAACCUGAGGCACCACCUCAUCAGCAGAGAUCUCCCAGUUACCUCCAGAAACCACAACCUGAGGCACCACCUCAUCAGCAGAGAUCUCCCAGUUACCUUCAGAAACCUCAACCUGAGGUACCAGCCCAGCAGAGACAUCCCAGUUACCUUCAGAAACCUCAACCUGAGGUACCAGCCCAGCAGAGACAUCCCAGUUAUCUACAGAAACCUCGACCUGAGAUACCAGCUCAGCAGAGACCUCAUGCUUACCUCCAGAAACCACAGCCACAGAUGCCAGAUCAGCAGAGACCUCAUGGAUACCUCAAGAAACCACAACCUGAAGCACCACCUCAUCAGCAGAGACCUCACAGUUACCUCCGGAAACCUCAACCCGAGGUACCAACCCAGCAGAGACCUCACAGUUACCUCCAGAAAAGACAACCUGAGGUUCAACUCCAGCAGAGAUCUCACGAAUAUCCCCGAAAACCUCAAGUUGAGAGACAAGCCCAUCAGAGAUCAAAUAAACCUCAACCUGAGGGACCACCCCAUCAGAGACCUUACAGUUACCCCCAGAAAGUACCACCUGAGGGAUCAACCCCUCAGCAGCGACCUCACGAUUAUCUCAGAAAAAGACAACCUGAGGAACCAGCCCAACGGAGACCUCACGAUUACCUAAAGAAACCUCAACCUGUGGUGCCAGCCCAUCAGCAGAGACCUAAUGGUUACGCCCAGAAACCUCAGCAAGAGAUGCCAUCUAAUCAGCAGAGCCUUCAACCCAUCAGCGAUGUCUAUUUCCAGAAACCUAGGCCUGAGAAGCCAAGUACUCAACAGAGACGACCUCAAGUCCACGGCUCUACUGAGAAACUUGAGGCCCAAGUAUUGAGGCAGCAAAAGAGACCUAAUUACCAAAGCUUUGGUUACUCUGAGACACCUCUGCCCAGAGUACUAAACUACCAGCUGGAGCCUCAAACUCGUGGUUAUUCACUUAAACCUGAGGCUCAGGUUGUUAAAUAUCAACAGAGAACCCAUGUCCAGAGUCAUGGCGACCACAAUAAACCUCAGCCUGAGGAACCAAGUCCCCAUAGAAGACCUCAGGGGCAGAGCAACCAACAAAUUAUCCCAUCCUAUGGCUCUCAAUUCCUGUUGUCUCACUACUUUCAGAAAUCUGUUCCUCAGACAUCAAGUAACCAACAAGAGUCUCAACAGGGUGGACUUGGUCAUCAACUGAAUUCUCCCUCACUGCCUCCAAGCAACCAACAGAGACCUUGGCUCCACAAGUAUCCUGUCCAGGAACCCGGUUAUCAGCAGAAUCCUCUGAGCUUCAGACACAAACUAAGUUCUGAGACUGCAUUGUCAGACCUUCAGCAGAACCCCCCUUAUCUCCAGAGACCGACCUACCUGGAGCCACUUCGAGGAGGCAGGUCAAAGCAGCAGAAGUCUAGUAACAAGCAGGACAUUCAGUCAGAGAAGUCAAGCCACCAGACGAGGCCUCUCCUGCAGGGCAGCAGCUCUGUGGAAGGUUCUCGGCCCCAAAUGCCUUUUCCACCGGGACUUCAGGCCCAAGCAACAGCUCGACAGAAACCUCAGCCCCAAGAGGAGCAGAGGGAAGGGUCAAGGCCCCAACUCCUGAUCCCUCAGCAGAGAUUCUCACCUCAAAUGCUUGCCCAUCGACAGGGCUCGGUGGCUCAACAGCAGGUACCCGAACCCCACCCUCUACCGCCACAGGGGCCUCAAGCAUCAGAGCACAGGCAUGGCCCUUGGCUCUGGGCUUCAAGAUACGCCAUGUUUGGUUCUCCUGGCUCCAGCCGCAAUGAGGAAUGAAAACGGGUCAAAGUGACCCCGACUCCCUUUGCAGAAGACGUAGAUGACGAUUAACUUUUUUUUUUUUUCUUUUUUCCACACAUUCCUUUUGGAAUUUCAUCCAGGUAUUUUGUAGUUGAAUUAAAAGGGUUAUGAAGCCUA